CAUAGAGAUCAUAUAAGUAGGGUUGUCAUUUAAUGGAAUUAUUGAUUUAGGAUAGACAACAUUAAAACCCUGGACUAUGCCAUUUAAGGUCCAAAUAUUUUUAAAUUGGAUACAAUAUCCCAAAAUAAAAAUUUGUAUAAGUUAUAAGCUGUAAUUGAAAUAAAAACAGAAAGAGAAAAUAUAGUUGCAAAGAUAAUAAAUCAUACAGAAAUUCCCCAGAUGUCCUCGGAUGCUUUAAAAGCUAGGAUAAAUUCAGAAAAUCGCGGACCUAUAACAGUUCACUGCACGAGGGAGAAAAAAACUGAAUUUUUAUAUUAAAUUAAGUUUUUCAAAAUAACACAUUUUUGAUUUUCAUUUAUUAUAAGUUUUAGAAUUAUAAAUCAUUCUUGAAAAAAUUCGUUCAACUAACACAUGUAUGUAUAUCUGUUUUUGUACUAUUAAUUUUGUAAUAUUAUUAUUUAUGUAAAGCUCAAUCUUUAAAAUUUUAAAUAAUUAUUUAUUCAAAUAAUCAUGUACGUAAAAGUUUAUGUGAUUACUGCCCCCUUAGUGUAAAAAUUAAAUUGUACCUUAACUCGCAUUAUAAGUACUGUAUAGUUUAUGACAUUCAUCUGCUACAAACUAAUGUUCAUUAAUAUACGCAAUAAAGAACAUGAAAUGUUUUAGGUUAAACUAACCUCGUUAUUCUUAUGAUAACAGUCGAUAAAUGAUCAAUGUUACCGUUUUAUAUCUAAAUAAUCUAUGAAUUUUAAAAUAAGAUAAAAUAGAAAUCUUUCGAAACAUUUUUCAGCAGAUACAUUAUUUCAUUAAACUUAAGAAGAUUUUAUAAUGGCAGAAAUAAUAUUAAGUGCUGGUGAAAAAACUUAUAUUCUUCAUGGAGUAGAUUUUCAUUAUACAUCUAUUAGGCAGACUCUAGGAAUGACGGUAGGAGACGUUCUGAAUAUCGUACUAUAGAAAUUGAAACUAAAUUAAUGCCACAAACUCAUGGAUCUGCAAGAUUACGUAUUGGAAAUACUGAUAUACUUGUCGGUAUUAAAGUUGAACUUGAUAUACCAAAUGCUGACAGACCAGAUGAGGGGUGUUUAGAAUUUUUUGUUGACUGUUCUGCCAAUGCAACUCCAGCAUUCGAAGGAAAAGGUGGUGAUGAUUUAGCAACUGAAAUAAGUAAUACUCUCACAGCGGCUUAUCAAACUCGUAGUGCUUUUGAUUUAAGGACGUUAUGUAUUUUACCUAGUAAAAAAUGUUGGAAAAUUUACGUUGAUAUAUUAGUUCUUCAAUGUGGUGGAAACUUGUUUGAUGCAAUAGGAGCUGCAGUUAAAGCUGCAUUAUACAGUACUGAAAUACCAAAAAUUACAGCUGCAACACUUGAUGGUGGAGAACCAGAUAUUCAGUUGUCGGAUGAUGCUUAUGACUGCAUUCAAUUAGAUACAAGUAACUAUCCAGUCAUUGUGACUCUAUGCAAAAUUGGAGAAAAUUAUGUUGUUGAUCCUACUUUGGAAGAAGAAGUAUGCAGCGCAAGCAAUAUAAUCAUGUCUGUAUUACCGCACGGUAAAAUUUCAUCAAUUAUUAAAUUGGGUUAUGCCAGCAUUCAACCAAGUACUUUUAAUAAAAUGUUAAAGAUGGGUGAAAGUAUAGGGUUACUGUUAAAUGAAGGCAUUAUGAAAGCUUUAAGGGAAGAAUCACAACUUGGUCGACAAAGGAAAGUAUUUGGGUUUCUUAGAUAAAGUAUUAUGCAAGACAACCAUAUUUUGCUUAUAAAUAUAUUUUAUUUUACUCAAUUACGUAUUUUUAUUCACCAUAAUAUUUUUUAACUUAAAACCCAAAUACAGAAAUGUUAUUUAAGAAAGAUAUUAUCCUAUUCAACAUUUUGAUGAAUGAAGUGAAAGGAUAUUCUUAACCUUUUGCGCUCAAGAGGUGACUCACAAUCACGACUAAAUUUGAUAUAGCAAAAUCGUAAUUUUAUAUAUUAUAUUAUGCUUUGUAUAAUGCAUUGAUAUGUGAAAUAUUGAAAUAAAAUAGCUUUAUUUCUUAAUUUAUCUAAGUUUCCUUA